AUGGCUAACAUUGUACCUAUUCAUAAAUCUUUAGAGUAUUCACUGGUUGAUGUACCACUUCUUUGUAAGAAUGAUGAUCCGAAUGAUGAGAUUGUGAUCUAUAGCAAAUAUUCGAAUUCAAGAAGAUUUAUUGAUUGGGCUCUUGUUAUCACUGUGGCAAUUACAGCAUGCUAUUCCUUAUUCACAUUGAGCAAAUUUUAUCUUUGA